CUCUCUCUGACACUGAUGUGCACUGUGAGAAGGCGGGGAGGAGUUGGCUCGUUUAGGCUGAUUAGCAACAAACAGAAGGUUGCGAGUUUACAUUUUGGAUUAUUUUAUCAUCGGAUUGGAUUUUGCCAUCACCGAAGGCGUAUGAAUUCACAUCUGUGUUAACCCGAUUCCCGUUUUCACGCUUUUCGGCGAGGCCAGGUGGCUAUUUGCAACAUUUGUGAGGGCUAAUAGCGGAGGACAAACUCGCUUUUUUUAGGUCGUUAGAGGUGGCGAUGGUGAGCUGAUAGCUGCGUCAUCAUGUUGCUUCCGACUCGAGUUGGCCGAAAGAAAUCUCAAGUUAACGCCGUCCCCAGCCAUCCUUCUCCAAAGGCCACUCCCGACCACCUGAGGUAGAUGUAACGCGGACCGCUGCCCGGGGGCAAAGCUUGCUAACGGCUGGGGACCGAACGAGGUGGCUGACUUUACAUCACUUGGCGUUGUUGGCGCGAUUCCCCCCCCUGGGCUGCAAUUGUUGUCUCCACUCCAACGAACAGUUCCCCCAAAGCAAGCGUGUCGCCGUUUGAACGUCACAACAAUAACGUGACCGAAACGUUUGUUAAACAUUAACGAUAGCCAUAUAAAUAUUUCAUGUUUGGACGAGGACGAGUGAUGCCUGCGAUGACAUCAAGGCUAAAAAUCGGCAGCAUCUACUGAAAUGUUGUCGUUUGGCACUUUCGCCUUUAACAUUUGAUAAGAGAGAAAUAUUCAAAUAAUUUUUAACGAAUUAGCCGAAUAGACAACCGAUGUUUUAUCAGGGUGUCAAAGUGUGUUAAACUGGACGUCAGGGAGUUUUGACUGGGCCCUCCUCAAAGCAGGGACAAAGUUUCACCCUAUCGAUCAGCGGAUACAAAACAAAUCACGAUGGCCGUGAAGGGUACACGUUGCCCCCCUAAGCCGUGGUCGAGUGUUGCCGGCGAAAGGAGCUGGUCCCCUAACUUCGAGUGGAUCGGGGGGCUGCUUUACCGAAAGAAACUGGAGAGGGGCUUCCUCAACUACCGGGAGGUUUUGGACGAGGAUCGGAGACUAGAGGCAGUCGCUACCUUUCACCGGCGACCACCCGGCAUGCGUCACCUCUCCUUGGAGGAGACCUACAAAUGCGUGGCCGAGAACUACUGGUGGGAGGGGAUGUAUUUCCACAUCAGAGACUUUGUCCUGGACUGCUCUGAGUGUCAGAGCCAGCAACACAAGGUGACAGAGGAGCUAGGCAGCCGAGGAUGCGUCACGAAGACAAUUGCAUCGCACGGCUCUGACAUGCUCAACAAGCUGAGGAGUCAGCGGGAGGCGGGGAUGUUCUGUGACAUCACUGUGCGCACUAACGGUCAGUCCUACGCCGCGCACAGGGCUGUGCUGGCAGCCGUCAGUGACCACUUCCAAGAAGUCUUUACAGAGAUGGAUUCCAGUAUGAAGACAGACAUAGAUCUCACUGGUUUCAGCGAGGACAGCCUCUUGUCUCUGCUGGAUUUCUCCUACUCUUCCACGCUUUGCGUGCGCUGGGUGGACCUCCCUGAAGUCAUCACCAUGGCCCGUCACUUGGGCAUGUGGCCUGCUGUGGAGGCCUGCUCUGCUCUUAUGAAAGAGCACCGCAACAUUGUCCAUCCUACCCAGGACGUAAAAUUGGAGUACGGUGGGGUGUGUAGUCGGCGCCAUCACCAAAAGACGGAACCCAAAAGGAAAAGGAAGUUAGAGGAUAACACUGGCGGCGUCCACUUGACAGUGGAUACAUCUGAUGAAUCUGUGGAAGGGAGUCCGUGCUGCAAUUUGCAUAAAAUGUCAAAUGCUAAAGUCCAUAACAGACUCCCCAUGAGUCCCUCACACAGGAUGAAACUCAUGGACUUCAAAUCUCCUUCCUCCAAGAAGACUGCCGUAUCCACAAAUAUUGCCACCCCACAGUCCAAAAAUUACUCCCCCAUAUCUCCACCCAACACCCGUCUUCUCCGCUCAAGUCCUGGGGCUGCUCAGCAAGUUCAGAGAUUACUGCCCAUAUUGGAAAGCCCUCGACAAAACCGAAAAUCGUGCACCCCCAGAUCCAGUCCUGUUUGUAGCCCUGUCAGGGUGAAGCAGGAAGUGGAGGAGGUAGGAGUGGAUGAGGAAGACUACGCAAGAGCCCAGGAGAAGUACAAACUAAUGCUGGUUCUCGGCCUCCAGAGGACAGCCCUUCUCCCUCGCCCGGAAGAUCUGAUUGGUUGGAGGCAGAAGAAACGACUCAGGAAACUCAAAGCCAACAACUACUCGCUAACCAAGAGGCGAAAACCCCGCUCCGCUCCCCCAGUGCUACCAUAUACCCCUGUGACACUGUCUCUUCCCCUCUGCGACCCUGUGAACAGUAUCCUACUCGACAAGGAGGGGAAAACCAAGUCUCGCGGCCCACCUGUCAAUGAAGGAAUUACGAAGAGACACAAUUCCAAAAAACACGUCCCUCCUAGCGACAGGAGCAUGCGAAGUAAAGGGGUCUUACCUGAUAUGUUCCGGGCAGCAUCCCGGCCUGGCUUCAGUGGGAGAGAGCUCAGACGGUCUGUGAGGAACAGUGCUCGUGUCCAUCCCCCUGUACAGCAGCCUGUGCGGCGUACCUCCAACAAAACUCCAGUGAGGAACACUGUCAGGAUCAAACCAGAACCAGCUGAAUACUCGGUCUCAGGUCUCUCUCUUGCAUCAGUCAAUCAUUCGUCUCCGAGGACACGGGCCAGGAAUAACAUCACCGGCGCGGCGGUCAAGACACUACGCUACAACAGCAGUCGUCCAGGGACAAAAGCCAAGGCCAGGCAGGGCAGCACCAGAGAGGAGCGGAAGCCCCGGGGUAGACCCAGGAAAGUGUUGAGGGAGGAGAUGGACACUGAGAGACAAGCAAAGGGCGAUCAACACGAUGGGUUCCAGUUCUCGGAGCACUCUCCUCCCCAAGCCAUCUACAACCACCCUUUAUACAAAGUUAUCAAAGAGGAACCCCCAGAUCCUGUGCCAGUUGGCGGCCCUUUGUUGGAUCCUCCAUCCCCAGACCUGGGUAAGCGCCAGAGCAAGCCUCCCAUCAAACUACUGGACUCAGGCUUUUUGUUCAGCUUCUGCCGGCCUUCCGGGGCACCCAUGGUGGGAAUCAAGAAAGAAGAAGAGAGCGUGGAUAUUUGUUUGACGCGCUCCGUGUCACAAAUCGGAGAGAAAUUUGGAACGGGUCAAUCCAAGCACAGGGCACUGAGAGCCAGAGGACCACCCCACACCUUGACGAUGGUGAAGAGGGAGAGGGAGGAAAGGAGUGUGAGCCAGAGCAGGGUUCAGAGACGCCGGACCAACUCCAGAAACGACACGCCUUUAGUCAGAUCGAAAGGGAAAAAGGCUGCACUUAUCAUACCAAAGCAAGAGCCUAUCGCCAUCCCAUUGAGCAGCAGGGGCUGCGUCGUAUUGGACUCUGUUCGCCGGGCAAGGCUAAAGCAGCUGCGAGGCCCGCGCAGCCAGGUCCCAAAAGCUCCAAAGGUGGCCCACUCUUGCACGCAAUGCUCCACCUCCUACAAGGACUGCGAUGCACUCAUCAUGCAUCGCCUGCGGCACAUCGCGGGCAAGCACUGGCCGUGUCUGCUUUGCAGUAAGACGUUCUUUCGACUGAGGAAUGUACGGAACCACAUCCGCACCCAUGACCCCAAGUUGUACAAAUGCAGGAAUUGCAUUGUCGCUGGCUCCUGAGGCCAGUACGUCAUCCAAAGGGUGUGCUGAACCAAGGUUGAGUUACAGGUUUACGUUUUGGCCAUGUGCAACCGAGUGGAAAAAUGUCUUCCUAUUUUUUUUCCCCCUAGAGUCCGACGUAGCGCAAAUGACAAGGAAGUCACACGAGCAAUCAGAAGCUUGUACAUAAUGGAGCCGUCACCCUCAAGCACAACGCGGUCUGUAAGGACAAGUGACUGUUCUUUUGAUUUUAAUCUAAUCAUGGUGGUAUUUAAAAACCAAACCAAGGGUGGCAUGUGUCCGUUUCCCCCCCAAAAACGUCAAAACUUGAACAUUACACUCAGGAGGGUGGGGGAACAAGACACCGCCGUGCAACAUCGAUCCCAUGUCAUGAAUCACGAUCAACAUGUUUGUGUAUAAAAAUGAAAAACGUGAUUGUUUUAACUGGUCACCGUUGCAUAGUGUCAUCAAUCCUAUGUGUAUAGUGGAAUUUGGAGUGCACUUAUCUUUAGCCUAUGUUGUAAACCUAAGAGCUGGUGGUGAAUUUGAAGGUGGGGCGGGAAUACUUGAAGCCAAGGGUAGGAAUACUUGAAGUGUUUUAUUGGGUGGGAGGGGGUGCGUGUGAAGUCAAGGCGGUCUUUUUGGUUGUUUAAGUGUCCGUUUUGGUGUGCUCAACUUCGUAAUACCUUCACUCGCUGCCGCCCUUUGUUCUGACCUGCUUUUCUCACAUUUUAAUCAUCCGUAUAUGGGGGAGAUGGGGGGGCGGGGGUACGCGUCAGUUACGACAACACUGCAUGUGCAUCUGCAGUACGUACGUGGACUUUUGCAACGUGACUGCUUCAUGAUGGCAAUUUGAUCCAUCCCGUCCUCCACCUUAACCCAAGCCCCUUUUCCCUCCUACUGAAUAAAUGCAAAAGUGUGCACAUAGAGAUGUUUAUUGUUCACAAAUCAAUUUUCAAAAAUCUUUCGUCUCUGUUCAGAUUGAAUACAUUUUGGACUUUUAUAUAGUUAAACUUGCUUUAAUUUACCUUUGUUUUUCCUUUUGCUAUAGUCUUGACCUCACGUGUUGAGCCAGCAUGACAAAUGAUAGGAUAUUUAACAAAAAUACAAGAGUAUUUAUAUAAAAUGCUGGGACCUUUUAACAUGUUAUUAUCGGAAAAAUAAGUGAUUGCAAAUGUUAUUGAAAUUGAGAUUUUAAAUGCAUUCCUGUGCUUUUUGUGGUUGGAAAGGUUAUGUGUUUGCUCUGGGGAUGUCUAAUUUGAUCAAUAAACCUGAGUAUAUAACAUU